AUGUAUAUGUUGCUGAGAGGUCAGCCUGCCCACACCUCUGUGGCCAUUUACUCGCUACAUACAACCUGGGGACCCCGGGGUAGGUUGGGGUCGUAGACAACCUGGCAGUGCCCUAGGGCACAAGAGGAAGGAAUUUGACUGGAGGCCAGGGGAGAGGGAGCGGUAGAGAUGGUUAGACAACAGUAAGACCUUACCAAGAGUGCACACACAAUCGGACCAACUCACUGCCCUGACCUGUGCCUCGGGCUGCGCACGCACCUGUAGACAGACUGUGGGAUACACUAGGGCGGGGUGUAGACGGGGGGACUAUUUAACAGAAUGGAGAGUUCCCCCCAGACUCACUCCCCUAGGCAGUAAAGUCUGUUAUUGUACAUAGAUAUACAGUUUUCCACCUUUCCUUAUACACGAGACAAAGACAGAGGACCCAACGCUCACUGACCAAGAAACCCGCCCCCACUCACCCGCACCCCCUAACCCACCGGUCCCUCCUAUGGUCCAACAACAUCAGGGGCCAGAACUCCCUGGAACGGAGGUCGUACCUGUUGCGGUCCCUGUGGGCGGCCAGGGUGUCAGUCGCCUUCUUACAAGAGACUCACUUCCAGGGUCUAACUGGCCCCAUGCUCCGAGAUCAGAGAUUCCCACUAGGGUUCUUUGCGAACCAUAAGGAGGCUAAGAGAGCUGUGGUGGCCAUCCUCUUCGCCAACCACACACCCUUCACUUGUACAGAAGAAAAAGCGGACACGCUGGGGCGAUACCUGUUCCUCAAGGGCACUAUAGUGGAUAGACAGUACACCUUCGCCUCUAUUUACGCACCAAAAACCAAGCAACACAACUUUAUCUCCAAAACACUCAGACUGCUAGAACAAUUCCGAGAGGGAAUACUAAUAGGGGCUGGAGACCUCAACUUACUCAUAGACCCACGUGUGGACACUUCCAAAGGACGCAGCUCACUACCACUGUCCUGCCUCAAGGCCACACAAGCGGCACUCAGGGACGCAGGUCUGGUAGAUAGCUGGCGAGUCCUGCACCCAGAUGACAGGUAUUUUACUUAUUAUUCCCUGGUCCACCACGGGUACAGCUGCCUCGACUACAUACUGAUAGCACAGGAAUACCUCUCCCUCCUGCAAACCAGUGCCAUCCUCCCUGUCACAUGGUCGGACCACUCACCUAUGCUGACCCUCCUGACUUCGCCCCCACACAAACCCAAGGGCAG